CAAAGUCCGACUGUUGCAACAGCAUGAGCUAACUUCCACUACGGAACGCACUUGAAAGGAUUUCUCUGGAUUUAAAAAGAAGAAAAUGCGAUGACUGCUUAUCUCUACAGAGUCAGAAAAUGGUAAAAAGCGUUCUGGUGGCCUACGCCCUGUGGGUAGUAGGUGGACCUUUAGGCCUUCAUCAUCUCUAUUUAGGAAGGGACAGUCACGCUCUGCUGUGGAUGCUCACAUUGGGCGGAUUUGGGUUUGGAUGGGUCAGAGAGGUCAUACGUAUUCCCGCAUACGUCAGGGCAGCCAAUAAGGAUCCAGAAAAAGAGAGAAGAAAGGAAAACAACAGGGCGCUCCCGCCUCCCGGCCCCAUCCGUUUUGCAGGACAAGUGUGUGUGGGGAUCUACUUUGGUGCGGUGGCUCUGAUAGGACUUAACUCCCUCAGUUUCUUCUACUUGAUCGUCCUGCCGUUGAGUGUGGGUGCAGGGGUUCACCUCGUGUCCAGUGUUGGGGAACAGACCUCAGACCUGAAAAAAACCUUGACGGCUUGCCUCGUGACGUCCCCGGUGUUCUAUGGCAGCACGCUGUCCCCACUUCCUAUAAGCCUGGCUGCCAGUAUCGCCGCUUCACAGCAUCGCAGGUUCAAACCUCCAAAGACACCCAGCAGCACACAGAAAUUAGGUCCAAGACUUUAUAAGCUCGCCCUGGCCUGGCUUGCCUUCUCUGCCCCAAUAGGUUACUGUGUUUUUUACAACACCACAGCCACUCUGUACUACAUUUCCGACUCUAUUGCAGCACUCCUGGAUAUUUUCUGGUUUCUGCCUUGGCUCAGGGGUGUGCUGGAGUACAUUCUUUUAAUUCCCUAUCGGAUCUUGUGCGCACUCACCGGAGGGGGGUACCAGGAGGAGGCCUGGAGAAAGAUUCUGGAAAUACUGCUGAAAGAGUACACGGAGAAAGAGAAACAGGCACUGCAGGUUUUUUCAUUAAAGUCAGAUGCUUCGCUUGAAGAAAUAACUCGAAGCUAUAGGGAGAUGGCCAAAACAUGGCAUCCAGACCACAACCCCAGUAAAGAGGCAGAGGAAAUGUUCCUGAAAGUCCAGGAGGCUUAUGAGGUCCUGCUGCACUGGCACCGGCCCCAACGAUCCAAAUAAUGUGCCUGGAUUCCUAACUGUUUUGAAGGUUUUGAUUUCAUUUCCUUAAAAAAAAUGCCUCCAUCCGGGUCCACAGCCUCAUCAACAGUCAUCAUUGACCUCCCUCUCAAAUAUCUCCAUACACUUAAACAUUCUCCAACCAUAUUACCCCAAUCCUCCAGCAGCUGAACUGGCUCCCGGCUCACUUCAGAAUCAAAAAUGUAAUCUAUAUGCAUCCAAAACCACCCACAACCCUACGCACCUCUCCAAUUUGGUCCACAUUGUGAUUCCAUCCUGUUCCCUAAGAUCAGCAUCUUCUCUGCACCUGACUGUUCUCUCUACCGUCUCAGCACCAGGAGGUGUAAAACCUUCAGCUGGAAUGUUAUGAACACAGACUGCCUCUCUACCUUUUAAACUCAAACCUAUCUGUUCAAACCAUCAUAUUAAUAGUAGUCUCCACCACUUCCUUUCUUACUGUUUAUUGCUUUUAAUUGUGUUUUUAACUUGACUUUUAUGCAGCGUCCUUGAAGGGCCUAAAAUAAGCUUUUUCAAUAAAACAUAUAAGUAUUAUUAAAAAGAGGGCUGUGCAGUGGUGUAGUGGAGAGUUUGCAUGUCUUCAUGUGUGGGUUUUCUCUGGCUUCCUCACUCUGUCCAAAAACAUGCUUCAUAGAUCGAUUGCUUAAACUAAAUUGUGACUGUAAGUGUGUGGCUCUGCAACAGGCAGGUUUACCUGUCCAGGGUGUACUCUACCUUUGCCCCCCAGUGGCCAGGUUAGGCUCUGGUUAAAGACCAUCUCCAAUGAAAAUGGCACUUUUGGUGUUUUUAAACAUUUUAGCACUUUUUGUUAUGGUGGAGAAUAUAUAAAGUAAUUAAGCCAAAAAUUGCCUUUCUGAGUAUUUUUUUUUAUUGAAAUCAUAGUGAACGAGGAGCUGAUUUUAAAAAAUGCUAUUUGAAAAAGCUCUCAGGUGUGAUGAAAUAAACAACUUAAUUUUUGUCGUCUGAGCUGGCAUCUGACUCCAAACUGUAUGACUGGAUAGCACCAAUGUUUAUUGACAUUUUUUUUUUUGCUCCUCUUAUGUUAGCGUGGGGUUAUGAGCAGUUGUAAGCUAACAAGAGUGUAAAUAAAGGGAUGAUGGGAUAUUAGUUAAGGCUUACUUCAUUGCCAAUGUUGCCAUCCACAACUCAGAGGCAAGUUUCUGAAACUUUGUUUUAAAAAAUAUUUUGCUUAAAUACAGCAUCAUUAAAAGAUCAAUGAGAAAGAUUUUACAAUGGAUCUUACAAUAGAUGAUUGGAGUGGAAAUUAAUUUAUUAAAAAUGAAUCAUGUACACAGA